UUUUCAAUCUAAAGUCAAACGAACCAAAUCAAUCUUUGAAUUUCGUUCAUCACUCCGAAUCAGUCCGUAAAUCCCCCACUCACCUCCCCUUCACAAAAACCCUCACACACAGUUCCCUCUCACCUUCCCUUCACUCUUCGUUAACCUGCUUGUCGCUGCGAAGAAGUCCGGUGGCACGACGCGUGAUUAUAGACGACAGUACGCUUUGAACUCUCACCGAUUUCCACUUGAGUAAUGGAAGAUAAAAGUAUGCAAGGACAAAGCUCCAAAAGACGUAUGAAUGCUUAUGAAAAGAGUAGAAUGUCAAGGAUUCAAAAGAACCAAAAAAAAUUACAAGCUUUGGGAUUGAAAAAUAUUGCUAAAUCUUUGACUAGUCUAGCAGAGAGUGACAAAACAAAGAAAAAGAAAAAGAAAUCAAUGGAUACCAGCAAGAAAGAUAUAGAUGUAGAGUAUAUGCCUGGUUUUGAUAUUGAUGUUGAGCAAGAUUAUCAAGAAGCUGCUACAAAAAUCUCUAAAAAGAAACAACGUCCAAUAUACAUUGCUCCGCAGUCCCUGAAAAGAUAUACUAAUUUAGCACAGAAACGAUUCAUUGCUCCGACUGUCUCCUGUGUGCUAACAUUUUCAGAAUCUCAUAUGCAAAAGGGACAAGUAAUUGAUACAAGAGAGAGAUCAACUGUUGCUAAGAGAAAGUUAUCUGCAGUUGACAACAAUGAUGACCACGGGGAGCGUGACAUGAGAUUUCAUGAUAUCAAUGAAGAACAAGAUGAUGUUGAAUUUGAUGAUAUUGAAGAUAUAGAUAUGAAUGAAGCUUAUGAAGAACAAGAUAGUUUUAAAGAUGAUGGAGAUAAAGACAUGGAAGAUUUAGAACAGGUGAAUGAUUUAGAAAAUCAAAACGAUGAACGGGUUGAAAAAGAAUGUGAAGUUCCAGAAAAUGAAGAAGAGCGUGAAGUUUCACAACAAGAAAAUGAAGCAGUUCGAAAUGUACGUAAAAGAGUGAGAGGACCAAUGCGUAUGCCAAAGGUUUGGGCCCAAGAAAAAGGGGAUAGAAUUCCUAUUUUAGUUAAUGCACAUGGACAACCUAUUAAUGACAAAAGUAGUCAACUGACCCAUUUCAUGGGAACCCUUUCAAGGAGUGGAAAAUAUUGUCCGAUUUAUAAACCAUGGAAUAAAGUUAAGACCGCUAAAAAAGAAGCGUUGUUUGCACUCUUAAAGACAAAAUUUGAUAUUCCUGAAGUUGCUAAAGGCUGGAUAUUGCAAUCAUUUGGGCGGAAGGUGAAGAACUGGAGGGCAAGAGUUAAGGAACUAUACCAUGAUCCGUCUUUGUCACUGAAGGAACAAAUAAGUUCUAGGCCAAAACAAGUGCAAAAAAAAAACAAUGGAAGAAACUUGUGAAGUAUUGGAAUAAAGAAAAGUCUAAGCUCGUAAGUGAAAAAAACAAGGCGAAUAGGGCAAAGAAGAAGAUGGUUCAAGUAACGGGUAAAAAAAGUUAUGCUCGAGUCCGCGAAGAGCUAAAGGCAUCUAAGGGACAAGAUCCAAGUCGAUUGGAAAUGUUUCGUGCAUGUUUCUCCAAAGAUGGAACUACCAAAAAUUUGGAAGCUUCAAAUGCUAUUGCACAAAUGCAACAACUUAGUUCUAAUCUUCCCGAGGGCUCGAUCGAUAAGCCUGGACCAGAUGAUGUUUUUUCUAAAGUAAUGGGUAGUGAUCGAAAUGGUGAUGCGGUUAUGUAUGGUCUGGGUGUUCGUGCUGCUGAUGUUUGGGGUGUAAUACCAAGUCGUUCAGCAUGUCAUAGAGAAAACAUCCAAUUGAAGUCUCAAUGUGAAGAACUUACUAGUUGUGUGGUCCAGUUACGAGCCCAAGUAUCAGAGAUGGAAGGGUCGAGGGGUGUGUUGAUGCACUUGUGUCUGUACUUUGUCUGUAUUCGGUCUAUAUGUAAACGAUGCCCUUGUCAGUCUUGUAAGUUGACCACGUCAACCGUCCUCCUGGUUUGACUCAGUCAACAGUUAGUAAAUUUGAUGUAAGUUGUCUGACUCGAAGGAUGAGUGAUCGAAGGAUAAUGUAGAUCCUUCGAUCACCUCAAAAGAUAUGCUUCGAUUGAUAGACCUCGAAGGAUCAUCCUUCGAGGUCCUUGCUGAUCCUUCGAAAGCAUUGUAUUCGAAAUAUGAUCCUUCGGACCAUCUAUCGGAUCCUUCGGUCAGACCUGCUGUGUAUGGGUAUAAAUACCCAUAUAGUGUGUUGUUUUGUAAGAGACUUGAGAGACUUGUUAGAUAGAUGCACAAAUAGAGAGAGUUUGAGAGCAUUCUAUCAGAACACACACACACACUAGAGAGUUUGCAAGUUAGAUUUGUAAACAUUGUGCUUGU